CCACAGCUGAUGAUGGCGGAUGUUGUUGAAAAAGACACCAUGAAGAAUUACCACAUAGCGUCUGAGAAAAUUAACCCAGACAUCAGCCGCUAUCCUUACUGUAUUGUGUGGACACCUAUCCCCGUGUUAUCAUGGCUGCUUCCAUUCAUUGGUCACAUGGGAAUCUGCACUUCCACUGGAGUCAUCCGGGACUUUGCUGGGCCUUACUUCGUCUCUGAAGACAACAUGGCUUUUGGGAGACCAACAAAAUACUGGAUGCUUGACGUUAGCAAAGUCUACGCCAGCGGCUCCAACGCCUGGGACACAGCGGUGCACGACGCUUCAGAGGAGUACAAGCACAGGAUGCACAACCUCUGCUGUGACAACUGUCACUCACAUGUAGCCAUGGCUCUGAAUCUGAUGCGAUACGAAAACAGCACCUCAUGGAACAUGGUCAACCUCUGCCUCCUCGCUCUGAUCCAUGGAAAGCAUGUCAGCUGCGCAGGCUUUCUGAAGACGUGGCUGCCUUUCCUGAUGCUGAUGGGCGUCAUCCUUACAGUGGCCCUGGCCCUCAACCUCCGGUGACCUGGGAGGCAGGUUAAGGACACAGUGGAACCCCUGCAGGUCGGAUGUUGGGGUUUGACCUUUUAAACAGGGAAAAAACAAAACUAA